AAAUCAUAUAAUAAGUAUUAGAAUAAAGAAAAAUGCCUACAAAUUCUUGAAAAAAAUAUAUCUAAAAAGAAAGCCCUCCUUAUUUUGCAUGUGACGUAAGCACCCAAUCAACGCCCACCUUGUAUCCCUAGAAGUAAUCAAACAUAUAUAAUUUCUCAUUAACAUUUAAAACUUUAACACUUUAUUACUAAAUCCAAUAAAGUGAAUAAUAUUAUUAAGUAUUAAUCUCAAAUUAAUUUUCUAAGCAAUGUCUAAAACUACCCCAACUAACGAAGCGAGUAUGUAUCUCGUUUAGAAAACUCCUUUGAAUUGGUGUUUCAUAAAUAAAUAAAAAUAGCUUUAAAUGUUAAUUAAAAGAAAGACUUAGACGUAAGAUUUUUAAAAAAUAAAUUCACUUAUUAUUACGUGUCAUACUUAAAAGUUAAAACCUAAACCUCGUACUACAGCCUAAAAAAAACCAAACUCUUUCACGAAAAGAUGUUACGCUGUAUAAGCGCUGUCGUUUCCAAGCGUGGAUUCAUACGAGCUCGUCUUCUUUCUUCAUAUACAAGCCCACACAGUUCAGCUCAGGACCUCUACUUGUACGAGUUCAACAAGAAGAUCUCUAAUUUGGCUAAAAAUGGUCGAAUUGAUGAAGCAAGAGCAUUGUUUGAUCAAAUGGAAGAAACAAAUACGGUUUCAUGGAACGCAAUUAUAAGGGCCUAUGUGAAACGUAGAGAAAUUGCUAAAGCAAGGAAACUGUUCGAUGAGAUGCCUCAAAGAGACAUUGUUUCAUGGAACUUAAUGAUUUCGGGGUAUGUUUCGUGUCAUGGGAUCAGGUUCUUAAAAGAAGGAAGAAACUUGUUUGAUAGAAUGCCGGAGAGGGAUAUUGUAUCCUGGAAUACGAUGAUUAGUGGGUAUGCGAAGAAUGGGAGAAUGGAUGAGGCGUUGAGGAUGUUUAAAUUGAUGCCGGAGGGGGAUGUUGUGUCUUGGAAUGCCAUUGUUACUGGGUUUUUGCAGAAUGGUGACGUGGCUCGUGCACUUGAGUAUUUUGAGAGAAUGCCGGAGAGGGAUGCUGCGUCGCUUAGUGCGCUUGUGUCUGGUCUUAUUCGGAAUGGGGAAUUGGACGAGGCAGCGAGAGUGGUGGUUAGGUUUGAGAGAGAUGGUGGUAGGAAAGAGAAUUUGUUGCAAGCUUAUAAUACUCUGAUUGCGGGGUAUGGUCGGAGAGACAGGGUUGAUGAAGCUCGGAAACUUUUUGAUCAAAUACCGUUUUGUGAUGGCAAGGGAAAAGGAGGAGAUGGAAGGUUCGGGAGGAAUGUGGUGUCAUGGAAUACGAUGAUCAUGUGCUAUGUUAAGGCAGGAAAUAUUGUUUUUGCUAGGGAACUCUUUGACCAAAUGAUGGAACGAGAUACCAUUUCUUGGAAUACCAUGAUUAGUGGUUAUGUUAACAUGUUAGAUAUGGACGAGGCCUCCAGACUUUUUUGUGAAAUGCCAAAUCCUGAUAUUUUUUCGUGGAAUAAGAUGAUUGCAGGGCAUGCUCAGAUUGGUGAUUUGGAUCGUGUUAAUGAUUUAUUUGGGAGGAUGCCCCAAAAGAACUUGGUGUCAUGGAACUCUGUGAUAACAGGAUAUGAGAAAAAUGAUGAUUAUAUUGGAGCAAUCAAGAUCUUCAUUCAGAUGCAAGUUGAAGGAGAGAAACCUGACCGGCAUACCUUAUCUUCGGUUCUUAGUGUGUCUGCUGGGAUAGUUGAUCUUCAACUGGGAAUGCAGAUCCAUCAGCUGGUAACAAAGACAGUUAUACCAGAUGUGCCAAUAAAUAAUGCCCUCAUUACCAUGUACUCAAGAUGUGGCGCAAUAAUCGAGGCAGGGACAAUUUUUGAUGAGGUGAAACUGCAAAAAGAAGUAAUUUCUUGGAAUGCAAUGAUUGGAGGAUAUGCUUCUCAUGGUUAUGCUGUGGAGGCUCUGGAAGUUUUCAAAUUGAUGAAAAGUUUUGACGUGCGACCUACUCAUAUAACAUUUAUUUCAGUUUUGCAUGCCUGUGCUCAUGCAGGACUAGUCGAAGAAGGUCGAGAGAUAUUUGAAUCCAUGGCUGGUGAAUUUGGAAUUGAACCAAGUGUUGAGCAUUAUGCCUCACUGGUGGACAUCAUGAGCCGUCAUGGGCAGCUGGAGCAGGCACUGGAUUUGAUCAAUAGCAUGCCAUUUGAACCAGAUAAGGCUGUUUGGGGUGCAUUACUGAGUGCUGCUAAGGUGCAUAACAAAAUAGAGGUGGCCCGAGUUGCUGCUGAAGCAUUGAUAAGACUUGAGCCUGACAGUUCGGCCCCAUAUGUCUUGCUAUACAAUAUGUAUGCUGAUGUAGGGCAAUGGGACAGUGCAGCAGAAGUGAGAAUAAUGAUGGAAAGGAGUAAUAUCAAGAAGCAAGCAGCAUAUAGCUGGGUGGAUUCCUCCCAUUGGUGAUUUUUAAUAUGUGCCUUCUGCAUGAAGUCACCAAUUGGAUGGCUGCACUUGUUAAUUUUCAGCUCCGGGCAUCGACACACUGCCACGCAGUAAGGUUAAGAGCAUUCAACUAGAUUUCCAUGUAUCUGCAGGCUCUCAGGCAGAGGAAAACAGAAACUGGAAAUUUAAGUUAUUUGAACAGAAGAGUGGAUUUCCCCGGAAGGAAAAGGCCAGCUGUGAAUUAAUAACUGCUGAUCGCUUGCUUCAAUCCUUGAAGAAUAGGAAGGACCACUUUGAACACACUGUCAACAUGGUUAAAAAAUGACGUUGGCUUCUUUUUUGUGGGUAAACUUUUGAAAAAUAAGCUGACCCAGAGUGAUUUUUUCUUCCAGGAUGGGCUUGUCUUUUUUCUGGGAGCAUGAGAUGCACGCUGCAUCUGCAAGUUAUGCAUUGACAUGAGGUAUUUUGCUAUUUUUGUUUCUUUGGUCAUAUCUCCUCAGAAGAAAAUUGCAGUGGGCCAUCAUCAAUCCUUUACGGCAUAGGUCCAACAAAGCAUGGUACUAGAUAUAGCAGUCUUGAGGAUUGUCCAUAUUGUUCGAAGCAUAGGAUGUUCAUGACUGGAGCUGCAGUGCACAAGAUCCCUGAGAAUUGUACAUGCAGGAUUUCUUGGCAAGUAUUUGGGAGACGUUUGGCAAGUCAAGUUGCAAUGAUCCGAUAGUCUCAUCAAUGGCUCGGAAUUCCAGCCCUUGCUUUGCUGCUUGAUUUUAUAGUCUCGUCAGUCCCAUAUGCGAAGCAUUACACAGUUGAAGGAUCCAGCUCAAAAUACUGUACUCUACUGAGCACUGCAGUCAAUGCUACAAGAAAUAGAUGAAGCCCAAUUUCUCAGAUCGUCAAAUCAUGCAAGAAUUUGCAAUGAUUCAAACUCACAAUAUCAGAUGAUAACUAGAAGUCUCCUUUGUGUGAAUCCUUUUGAUAUCUUGUUGGAAUUUCCUUUAAGAUUCUGUUAGAUUAUCUUGUCCUUUCAAGUUGUCUUCUUUAAGACUUUAACACGAUAUGAUAUCA